AUGAGUCGCGGCCGGAUCGCGCCCCGCCUGGAGCCGACGUGCUCGCCGUCCACGGGCGAGUACUAUGUCGACGCCUCGGGGGGGGGGGGGGGGGGGGGAGAUCUCCAGGUCGAUGUGUUGAACUGGACGCUAGCCAACGGCAGCCUCGCGCCCAAGUCGUGGACCGACUACCUCUACUUGUCGGUCGGCAGCACUCUCUCCAACGCCGGCGUAAGCCGGCCAGCCUUUCACCACGGACCUCAUAUCAACAAUGUCCACGAGCUCGAUAUGGUCACAGGCAAGGGCGAGCUGAUAACAUGCUCGGAAGAGCAGAACUCAGAGCUGUUCCAUGGAGUUCUCGGUGGUCUGGGACAGUUUGGGAUCAUCAUCAGAGCCCGGAUUGCACUGGAGACAGCUCCUCACGGGGUGAGAUGGAUCCGAGUACUGUACUCCGACUUCGCGGCCUUCACCAGAGACCAGGAGCUCCUCGUCUCGCUCCACAGCGCCCACCGGAGUGAAAGGUUCGACUACAUCGAAGGCUUCGUCAUCAUUGAUGAAGGCCUCAUCAACAACUGGAGGUCGUCCUUCUUCUUCCCCAAGAACCCUGUUAAGCCAAGAGGCUGCAGCCAGCACGCUGCCUUGACCCUUCGGCCCCAUGCGAGGCAGCCCGCCUCAGCUGCUCGGCCGACGGCGCUGCCUGCUGCCUCGGCCCCAUGCGCGGCCACCCCACGUCAGCUCUUCGGCUGA